AUGUCGUCCCGAUCCGUACUUCACGUUGGCCUCCUAUGCUCGGCCGCGUACAUGACCUAUCGCUCCAGUACUUCUCCUACUCCCCCGCCUUCCGAUGAGGAGGUCAAAGCCCCAAGAGACAUUAGCACGAGGGAGCGAGUGUUCACACGUGUCGCACGGCUCGUGGCUAGCAUCGUCAAGUACACGACUGUGGCUGGCGUGGGUUGCACUGUCGCUGUCAUCUACGCGCGAGACCACCCCGGUCCUUCCAGUAGAACGAUAUUGGAGAAACUCGUCCUCCCUGGAUUAGGAUCGGCGGCGAGGAUCUCGAUCACCCCUGCCGUCCUCGCAGGAUGGUCUCUGACGAUGUUGGGGACGACGCUUCGCCUGUGGUGUUACCGCACGCUGGACCGAUUCUUCACCUUCGAAGUCACACUGAAGGAAGGGCAUGAGUUGUGCACCGGCGGGCCAUACUCCUUGGUGCGCCAUCCUUCCUACACGGGUUGGAUCGUGCAGACCAUCGGGCUGGCGGCCUUCCUCGGAGGUACCGGGUCUUGGGCCAGAGAGUCCGGGUUCCUUGGAACUGUACCGGGACAGCUUGCAGCUUGUGCAUUCCUCGCUGUGGAGACAUAUAUUUGCAUGAGUAUGGUGCACAGGUGUAGCGAAGAAGACACGCUCAUGAAGAGCCGCUUCGGAGACGGUUGGUACGCUUGGGCGCAAAGGGUGCCCUACCGCCUUCUUCCUUACGUAUUUUAG